AUGCCUGUUCGCUUCUGCACCUUAUUCGUUUCGCUCGAACGGCAGUGCUCAUUGCCUCUACACUCGCGAAACUUUUCAACCCUGUCAGUACCGGCAAUGACGACUGCUUCGACCUCAACCAACGACCACGCCGCGACGGCCCCGCAAUUGCCCCCGAUGCAACUCUCCGGCGCCCUAGACACGACGGCGUGUACCACUUACGAUGGCGCUUUGUUCCGAUGUCGUGUCUGUCACGACACCAACAAGUCAAGAUGAGUCUGAACUAUGGUGUGGGUCUCAACGCGCGGUUGGAGGCGGGUCUGGUCUUCGACGGUUGCCUGCCGCGCACGCAUUGGCUCGCAUUGGCAGGACGCGCGCUGUUCCUAUGUGCUCCUUAUCAGCGGUCGCUCCGAUGACGGCCUCGACCAUCGUCCGAGGCGCACAGUUGCCUUCGGAGAUGUUUGACCGCCACUCGGAGUCCGUUGCGAUGCGGACCUGUGACUCGAACUGGUACAUCAUGCGGAAAUACGACUUGAUGGUUCGUUCUUUGUGGUGGUCGGGAUUCAAGGUCUCGAAGAUAAAGGGUGUCGGACCCUUCGACCAGUCAGUCGAUCAUGGCUCACGUCUCGGCUGCCCUCAACGUGCCCUCGAAGUGGGCUGAGCUCGCGGCCGAGCAACAGUCAUCGUAGGCCCGGGCGAUGGAGCGCCCGGUGGACGAUCUCACCCAGGCGCGUGGCCGCAUUCAAGCCAUGGAGGCCGCAACGCUGGGGGACGAGGAUUGGAAGCCGAUUCUUCCUCUCCUCAAACCUGUAGUGGUGCGCCUGCAGCGGUAGUCGUAACUUCGGUGGUUCCGCUCAGCGCUGCGGCUGCCGCGAGCGGCAGCCUGCACCAGCGUUCGUGAACACGCGUGUUCUUUCUGUAAAGGCCAGCACGAGGCUUAUACCCACGUCGGGUCCGCAUGACCCAGUUGGCGCGUCUGUAUCACCAUCCUUUCCCUCUUCUCGUGUCGUGCCGUCACUUCCGCCUCAUGUCCGCGUACGUGUAGAUGCCUGGUCCCGACGGGCCCUGUGCCCCUUUCUGAGGUCGUUACCUCUCAGGCAUCGCGUCGCGUGCCUCCGUUCUCUGGUUCAGGGGUCGAAUCCCCCGCCGUUCGCGCCUCCUCACGUCCGCACCCGCUAACCGCUGCUCCGGCGGACUCCGAGCAUCACCGAACUGCCCAUCCACGGGGUGGGCAGGGCUCCACUCGAACCCGUCUUUCUCGACUCCGUCUCCGAUUCUCGCUCCCGGCUCGCCUCGAAUUUGGCCCUCACCGCACGGUAAAUACUCGUUUCCCGAACGAUUCGAACCGCUUCUGCGGCCCUUUGUGAGGUCGUUACCUCUCGGGCAUCGCGUCGCGUGCCUCCGUUCUCUCGUUCAGGGGUCGAAUCCCCCGCCGUUCGCGCUUCCUCACGUCCGCGUACGUGUAGAUGCCCGGUCCCGACGGACCUGCUGGGUGUUGCCCCUUCCUGCGCAGCCGAGGGCUGACGUGCUGGAUUUGUAUUUCCAGACCCGCUAA